UAGAACUCGCCGGUCAUGUUUUGACGAAGCACGCCGUAGAUUCAAAGGUUUCACGUUUUUCCACAAUGUUUUCGCUGGUCAAACAAUCCUGUUAUUUAAGUUCUAUGACUGAACAAGUUCUCCGCGGUGGUUUUACUGUUUGUUGCUGUUAUUUUAGACUGAAUUCGUACGUUUUUGUCUCUUUGAUCAAGUUAAAACAAUGAAGCUAAAAUAGGCAGCAAAGAAGUUCAAGAAAAAAAAAAUUACCAAACAGUUUGAUUUGUUCUUAUUCUUGAAACUAUCGAUUUCUAUUAUUUCAUGGAUUUAUUGUUCAGCAAGAUGUUAUGCUAGCUGGUGUUUAUCUGUGUAUAAAUGGAGCCGGGUUCGGAGGUUCGGCUGAGGGUGGCCCAGUGUUUCAGGACGCUCUCGUCCUCCACGGAUCAUGGGGACAUUAUUGACGCCCUGAAGACGCUGAACUCGUAUCUAAACGAUGGAGCUGAAAGCAGAACCACCUCAGCUGAGCGGGAGGAGUUCCGGAGAUCCCACUACAGCCGAACUCUGCGGGUUCUUGUGGGCCAGCUCCAGGCAGACUGGAUGCACAGCCUUUCCGCCGCUCAGCUCUCACAAGUGUGGGACCCCCUGUUCCUUAAGGGCCCCCCAGAUCAGGCGCUGCUGGUGCUGAUGGAGGCGGUGUCGGAGCUCAGUCCCAGCACAGGUCUAGACCGCCUGGUCUGCGUCACGGAAAGGUUCCUUCAGAGCGGUCAUCUGGCUGACCUGUUGUGGUCCUUCUGUCUUCAGCCAGCUCCCUCAGGCUCUCCUCAGCUUAGAGAGACCCUGCUGGCUCGUUUAACAUCGCUACCAGAUAUCACCGCCAACAAGCUCCACCCCAACAACAGAGCUCUGUUUGUUCCCCAGCGGUACUACCCCCUGCUGGCCUCAGAGAUGCUCGCUGCUCUGGAGAGAACCUGCCAGGCGCUCAGAGGUGGCACUGACUGCUCUUCAACAUUUGUAGCUCAGACACUUGGCAAAGUGUGCGUCCAGGGGCACAGCGGCCCGGUGCUGGCAGUGAUGGCCCCUCGGCUGGCUGUCUGCACGCGCUCAGACAUGGUGUGGCAGCGGGUGUGCUGGAAGCUGCUGGAGAACGUUCCUGAGCGGUGGAUGGAAAGCGUGCUCACCGGGCUGGUCCAGGCUGUGAAGAGCCCUGAUGCUUUCAGCCGCAUCGUUGGAAAUCUAGUGCUAACCAAUAAAAAGGCUCAUUUUGUGCUGACUCAUAAAGUGCUGCUACUGCAGUAUAAGUAUGAGACUCCGGUCCUGAGGACUCUUCUUGGUUACCUGGCCUCAGACAGCGAUCGAAGGCCGCUCCUCAUCCAGGUGGUGCGGUCGGUGUCACAGGCCUGGGCCAACCCCAGCGCAGUGAAACACACCCCUCUGGAGCAGCAGCUCUAUGUCAGCAAAACCUUACUGCUGACUGUGAGUCUGCUGACCGACUCCGAGUUGCAAGAGCUUCGCUCAGAUUUACUUCAGUGCAUGCUCGGUGGCAUGCAGAGCCAUCUGGACAGCAGCGUGGUGCGUAUCAGAACCAUGGGCAUGGUGGUGGGAGAAUGCCUGAGCUCUCGCAUGGAGAUCAAUGGCACCAAACUCAAGUUUGAGUACAAGCAGAAUGAAGAAACCCGUGAGCUGCUGUCUCUCAUGACCCCCAGCGUGGGUACCGAGCCCGAGCCUGUUGAUGGAGCUGACUUUGCUGAGGAGACCAGAGAACCAUCCACUCACAGAUCAACGUCACAAAGCAGACCAGCAUCUCAACGAUCAAAGAGCGAUCCAGACUCCGAUCUCGACAGCGAUGAUGACUUGACUCCGUAUGAUAUGUCUGGAGAUCAGGAGAUGAGUCGGGUGUCCCCACCUCGUUACCUGCGGGACUGUCUGGAAACUCUGAUAUCCUCUGAGGACUCAGAGCGAGUGGAGCUCAGUCUGAGAGUUGCUGAGAGUUUGGUGCGGAGGAACGUCUUUGCAACGAAGGAGAUCAGUGUCCAGAUGACCAAAGUGCUUCUUCACAUGGAGGAUAAAUACAGCAUUGAUGGCUUCCUGGCUCUCCGACAGGCAGCUAUGGUGGCUCUCACUGUCAUCGACUCUGUUCCUGUUACUCAGUAUUUGACCACAGAGUUUUACUCCUUGAACUACAGCCUCCGGCAGCGACUGGACAUCUUGGAGGUCCUUGCCUUGGCAGCUCAGGAGCUCUCGAGACCAGCCUCUGAUAAAACCACUCCAUCCACCAGCACCACCUCGGAGCUGACAUCAUACCAGACCAACAACCCUGCUGACUGGAGGCAGGUUGUGGACAAGAGGAUCCAAAGCAAGACAAAACUCAUCUCUAAGGGUUCCACACAGCCUGUGACUAAGGCUGCUCCAAACCGUUAUGCUCCGGUUGCUGGAUACUUCUUUUUUCCUCUCCUCAGAAACUAUGACAAGCCUGAGGUAACCUUUGACCUGUUGGGCAGUGACCAGCUGGUUCUGGGCAGACUGAUCCACACUCUGGGGCUCUUCAUGCACCUGGCUGUCAACGCACCGAUAGCUACACAGAUGGGCGCUGCUUUGUUGGACUUUCUGUGGGCAGUUCGGUACCAUGCUGACCAGAUGGUGAGGCGAGGAGUCCUCUUCGCGGUCUGCUCCGUAUUUCUGAGCGUGCCCAGUCAAAGUCUGCUGGUGGACCUCAGCGAACAGCUCUUUGAGACCAGAACUUGGCUUGCAGAUGUGGCCGAAGGAGACCCUGAUGCGGACUGCCGCAGUUUAGCCGUGCAGAGCCUGGUGCUGCUGGAUAAGAGUCUGAAGAAGCAGCUACAGGAUCCGACAGCCCUGAGCCUUGAAUCGUGAUCACAGCAGCUGCAGUGAUCAGUGAACUGUCUCUGCAUGUAAAAACACACAUAAAGAGAGUUAGUUAUGUUCCAGCAACUAAGAUGUCACCCAGUAAGAGGUGGUGGAGAUGACGUCCCAGAUGUUUACUGGGACAAAUGAUGGGUCUGCUGUAUAUGGAGUGAUCCAUGGAAGGAUGUCCUUAGAGCUUCAGAUUAACCAUCGCAGGUGCUUUUUCUUUUUAAACACAUCCUGGAACAUUCAGCUAGCCGCAGGAAAAGAAGGGCACACUGGUGACCAACGUUGUUCACAGAAACCUGCAGCGUAUAAAGUAGGAUGUUUACGGAUGGAAUAUUAGUCAGUUCCUAAAGAACGUCCUGUAAGAAUUCAUGCUUUGGAUUCUUUUUUAGUCCUGAAUAUCUGGCUUACAUCCUUUUGAUCGUCUUUCCUGUACAAACAGCUGUUUUUGUUUCUGAAGGACACCCUGUGAAUAUUUCUGUGCAUUUAAAAGUGAUGGAAGUACUACUACUAUUACUACUACUACUUCUUCCAGUGGUGACAGCUAGUGGAAGAUGUGUUAAUCUGUAGAAGCUGAAAUAUUCUCAAAUUAAAAUGUUUUUUACAAAAACAAAUUAAUUCUGAAUAUUUCUUCGACAAAAUAGUUUUUGUUUGAAACAUCUUUAUUUCUUUUGUUCAUUUUUUUUGUCCCAAACUACGGCUGUAAAUUAAUGAAUGGGAUCAUUUUAUAAAUAUAAAAUACCUAGAAGCUGUUUUUUUAAAUUCAUGCUAUACAUUUCUAAGUUUAUCCAUGUUUCUGAGACCUUCUGGCUCACUAUCAAUGACUUUCUGUUUAUCAGAGUUCUCAGUAAAAAUUUUACACUUUUAAAACCAAAUUUUCACCCUUUUGUCUUAUUGUUUUUCAAAGAAUGCGACAUAAUCCUGAAAGCUUUAAGCAACCAUCUCAGAACAAAACAAUAAUGUUCACCAUGAUGUGUUCAUCAAAGUACAUCAUAGACACUCUAAAACUAUUACUAUUCAUAAAUAAUAUGUAUAUAUUACUAUGAGCAGUAAGAAUGUUGUUAAAAACAUGCUAAAUGACCAAAACUUUAAAAGGGACAAAAAAAAAAAAAAAAACCCAGAACGUAAUAGAAACUGAGGCAGAAUACUGUAGAUAAGUCUACUUAUUUUAACAGAAAUAUGUGUUUGGUUGAUUGGGCCUAAUUUUAUGUUGCAACUGUGCUUCUUUAUAAUAAAGUACUGUUGGAAAAUCA